AUUUUAUUUUUUACACUGAUGCUUUGUUCUUUCAUUAUUUGACAUGAAUCUUAAGCUAGUUAUUUUAACUAUUUCAUUAGUCCAAUGUAAUAUUAUAUUUGUAGAUUGCAAAAUUCACCACACAUUAUACAAUAAUUAUUUAAAGGAAGUAUUAGAUCAUAUGUGUAAUCAAAAUGGAUGGAAGUCUUUUGAUAAACUUUACUUAAAUUUUGAAUCAGUUGCAACUUUUAGUGUUCCAGAAUUAAUGACGCAAAAAUUAGACAGAUAUAGUAUUUUCUAUAGUAUUAUUCAUAUUUUAAAUUAUAGGUAUAACGAAAUUCUUUUAAAUUUAAAGGAAUUGUUAAAUAUUGUUGUUGAUAUAUGUUUCCACUAUUUUAACACUGAAUUAAUAGAAGAUUUUUACAAUUGUUCAUCUUUACUUGGAAAAGCAAUAAAAAAUUCAUUGACAAUGUUUGAAAGUUUAUACAAUGCUAUAACAUUUGUAAGUUAUAUAGUUUUAAUCUUAAGAAAAUAUAAAAUUGUCAUUGCCGAGUUACAAUGUAACCCAUUCAUUACAGUUGAUAAUAUUUAUGAUAUAAAAAAUCACAGAUAUUUACAAGAAAAACAGAAUGAGAAUUUGAAUAGUAAUCUUCAACAAUUUCUGGAUAUUAAAGAGUUCAUUGAUGAUAUAUCUAAAAUUGCAAAUAACUUUUUCGAAAAUAAUACAUCUAUAAUAAAUAAUAAUCAAAAAGUUGAUAUCAAAUCUAUAUAUGAAAAAGAAUUUUCGUCAUACACCCAAGAUUACACGAAUUUUGUUACUUUUAUGAUUGAUAAAAUCGAUUCGUUUUACGUUGAAACCAUUAAGAAUAAUUACGAAAAUCUUGGAUUUAUUCAAUUGAUAAAUCCAACAGAAUUAAAAUUUAAACCUCCUAGAGACUACACUGUUAAUCAAGAACUUGGAAUAGCAAAACUCAAUACUUUAUUGGAUAAUGGUAGUUGGAAAUCAUUUAGCCACAUAUAUAUACAAUAUGAUGGUUUAAAAAUAAGUGCCAAACAUGUGAUAAGAGACCUGGCGACAGAUCUUAAUUUUUAUCUUAAAAAAGAUUACUUCACACAAAUGAUAAGGUGUAAAUUUUUUGAAGUACUUUUAAAUUACAAUACAUUGUUAAGUGCUUUAAAACAAGUGUGUACAACUUUAAAAGACGAAAAUAAUUAUGUAAAAUGUGUAACAAGUCUUUUUGACGCAAUUAAUGAUACAGCGAAAAUGUUCGACUUUAUGCUGACAAUUAUAGAAAAAUUAAAACUAUCAUCAAUUUGGCAACCCAAUAAAUCAUUCUCAGAUUUAUAUUCAACUCAUAAUUGGAUAUAUAAUUACGUAAUUGAGCUCAGAACUCACAAUGUCGUACGAGAUAAGUUCGUACACAAUCCUAAAGUAAAUACUAAGAAAUUAGCUACUGAUUACAUUUUUAGUUUUGAAAAUGCAAGAUCUUAUUUUGCCAAAUUACUAUUAAGUUUAAAACAUCAAUCAAAGAAUCGCUGUUAUUUAGAUGGCUUGAUAACGACUAAGGAACAAAUUAUUAUUAAAUUUAAAGAUAAUGUAAAUUGUAUUAAUAAAAGGUUAGAUGAAACGCAUGUCACUGAGUAUGAGUUAAUUACGAAUUAUUUAAUUAUGUAUUGUAGAGAUUUUAUCAAAACUGAUUAUAUGGAUACGGGUUUUGAUAAAAUACAUUUAGUUUAUUUUUGGCAAUGGAUAUAAACAUUUUUUUUUAUCAAAGUGUAAUAUAACAUUUGUAUAAUCGAAAUAUAAUACUCAUAUUUAACUAGAAUUAUUCUGAUAUAAGAUGUAGGUGCUCUUUUAUAUUUAUAUAUAUAUAUAUAUAUACUUUAUAACAGUAUUUAAUGCUGAAACACUUUUUUUUUCUCUACACGGUUGACAUGAUUUCGGCCGCCCUGGAAUUACCGGUUGGAACAAUAAAUUAAAAUAUUUAUUAAAAAAUGUAAAUACAAAUUCCAAGAUAGACAUUUUGUAGAGUAGAUUUUAACAAAAAAUUAGGUAAAAAUUAAUGUUUUCAUCAUUAAAUUUUGUUAGUUCAUAUCAAAGUGUAAUAUAAUUUUACUGAUUACCAUUGUUAUUAUUUAUUUUGCUUAACUUCUUAAACUGAAUUACUUAAUUGUAUGGCUGAUUCGUUUUUUUUUAAUAAAUUAAUUUUAUUAUAUGAAAUUUUGUUACAUGUCUAUUAUUUUCAUUGUUUAUACUAAAAUUAUUGAUGUAAAAACGUUUUUAAAUACAUUAAAUUAUUGUUCUUAUCUUUAAAUCUAUUAAUAAAUUAAUCUAUACACGAUGA